GUCAGACCACAUCGAAAAUUUCUGUUUCGAAGUGACAGUUUUGACAUUGACAUUUCUGACGUUCUCAUUUUUGACAUCUGUAAAAUUUCGCUCAUAACCUCAACUGAAAGCGUGUAGUGUUGAACACAAAAUUUGUUUCAAUUGAAUUCGCUAAAUAUUACGGUGUUUUAUAAAAAUUGAUUUGUUUGUGAGUGAUAAAAAAUACCCGAUAUGUCUGCUGCAAUGGUAAGAGUGACCCUUUACAGCCCUGGACGAAGGCUGUACAGUUUCGCAAUAACAAAAUGCCAAGAAAAUGACGACAUUGUUCGCAGUAAAAAUGGACCCAAAAUACUCCUCGAACAUUUGGAGUUACUAAAGAAAAAGGGUUUGGAACCCUUAACUGAUGAAGAGAUUAAGGUAUCCAUUUUACUGUUUCAUUCAUUAGUCGUGGUCUUAGAUACUGCAUUCCUUCGAUGCAUUACCUAUACAGACACAGAUUGCACAAAUUCAUACAUUGAGCAGACACUAAACCCACCGCCUCAAACGAAUCAAAACACAGUCUCAAAACCACAAGUUCAAAAAAGUACUGACGAUGUAGCCCCAGAAGAAGUCGACAAUUACGUUCACGAUGAUAAUCCUCAGGUCAGUUGA